GUGGCUGUCGCCGCUUGUCGCGGUAUUAAAGGAAGAUUUCACUAUCGUGGUCAUGAUUACGCUAUAAUGCCUCUCGACGAUCAACUGCACGCUACCUAUCGUAUCAAAGAUCUAGAAGAUCAAAGUAGUAAUCACCUUAAGGAAUAUCACUGUGCUAGUGAAAUCCCAGAAUUAAAUCCGAAAGUUGAGAAAUUGCUUGAAGAUAGAAAAGUAUUACAUCUACGUCGUCGGCGCAAUGUUAUCAAUGAAACCAAGUAUGUCGAAUUAGUAUUAGUAAACGAUAAGCGAUCAUUCGAUCUCUUAAAUGGCAAUUUAACCGCUAUAGAAAGUCAUUCUAUUCAGGUCGCUAAUAACGUCGAUUUAAGAUAUAAGUCAAUCAACAUACGCGUUGCUCUGAUGAGUUUAGUUACGUGGUCCCAAGCUGAUCAAAUGCUGGUUACAACAGAUGGCUCUGCUACUUUAACUAGGUUCGCUAAUUACUCAAAUUUGGUUUUGAAGAAAUCAAAUCCGUAUGACAACGCACAAUUACUUACAGGCAUUAAUCUCGCUAAUAAAGCUGGUAUUGCCUAUGUUUCAACUAUGUGUUUAUCUAACUCAGUUGGUGUAGUCGAGAACUCAAUGAAUUUGGAAGUUGUAGCUGCAAUUAUGGCGCAUGAAAUGGGCCAUAAUUUUGGCAUGAAUCAUGAUACGGGCAGAACCUGUUCCUGCCCUUAUAAACCAACUGGAGCUACAAUAUGUAUUAUGGCAGCGACGUUACGUUCGCCUUACCCGCAAUCAUUCUCUAGCUGUAGCGUCGCAGACUUGAAUAAAAAUUUAAAUGAAGGACUCGGAUCAUGUCUGUUUAACGCUCCUACAAAAUUAUACACAAAUCCAGUUUGUGGAAAUGGUUUUAGAGAAUCGGGCGAGGAAUGUGACUGCGGAAGCGUAGCACAGUGUCAGGAUCCUUGUUGCAAUGCAGCAACAUGUAAACUGCAAUCGUUUGCUGAAUGCGCCUCCGGAUCGUGCUGUGCAAAUUGUAAAUUCAAGGCUAGAUCAACGCUAUGCCGCAAUGUUACGAAUGAUUGUGAUUUACCAGAAUACUGUAGUGGAACAUCAGCAGAUUGUCCUGUUAAUGUCGUCAAGCAAUCAUCGCUUACAUGUGGUAAUGGUGCCGGUUAUUGCUAUAAUGGAGCAUGCGUUACUAUCGACGCACAAUGUCAAACAUUAUGGGGUUCCACUGGAAAGAAGGCUCCUCAGCUCUGUUGGGAUAGACUCAAUGUUGCUGGAAAUAAAUAUGGCUUUUGUAAGAAAACUAGUGCUGGACAGUUUAUCGGUUGCACCGCAAGCAAUGUUCAAUGUGGUAAACUUCAUUGCGAUACACAAGCCAGUAAGCCCGCGAUCGGUAGUACCUGGAGUUCUGCAACAGUUACAUUUACUCAGCAAACUAUUUGCAAGAGCGCUUCUGUAGACUUAGGCUCGGACAUCCCCGAUCCAGGGAUUGUAUUGGACGGAACAAAAUGUGGAGAUAAAAAAAUUUGUUUCGAUAACGAAUGCCGAAAUAUUUCUUCCGUCAUCAACGUUAAACAGUGUAACCCUGUUGAUUGCUCUAAUCACGGAAUUUGCAAUAGUAACGGAAACUGUCAUUGUGAUAAUGGUUACGCUCCACCGUCAUGUAGUCAACCAGGCAAUGGAGGCAGUAUUGAUAGUCAUGGCCAUAGCACUGUACCGACUGCAACUCUAGGUAAGAUCGUUCUUAAACAAUCUCAUGUUUAUGUUAUACUUACAGCAGUAUCAUAUAACUGA